AUGCCAGUCGCCUCGGCGUCCACGACGGCGCAGUACGCGGGCAUCGGUGUCUUCGUCGCCAUCGUCCUCUACGUCGUCCUCUACUACUGCCGCUCCUUCAACUCGGUCUUCCUAACGCGCCGGCACGGCUCCAACGCCGCGGCCGGCGCCGGGGACGACGACGCGGUCACCGUACUCCCCGGCCCGGUGCAGGCGCUCGGCCUCGGCCCCGACGACGUCGCCGUGCUCCCCACUUUCACGUACCGCUCCCCCUCGCCGGGCCGCGGCGACGCGAGGGCCCCGGCCGCGGCGGCGGCGGACUGCUGCGCGGUCUGCCUCGACGAGCUCCGCCACGGCGCGCUGGUGCGCAUGCUGCCGUUGUGCAGGCACUACUUCCACGCGGGGUGCGUCGACGUGUGGCUGCUGUCGCACGCGACGUGCCCGGUGUGCCGGGGGAGCCCGGGCCUGGAGAAAGUCCGCCUGGGCGUGGCGUCCCUGUCGCCGCCGCUCCCGCAGCUGCGCCGGCUCGGGGCGGCGUCGCCCGAGCGCGAGAGGGGGGAGGCGUCGGGAGCGAAAGACGCCGUCGUCUCGUCCAGGUCGCCAUCUCCAGUGAGGUCCCCCAUGCAUUUUGAGCUCAUGGUCGCCAUGGGCAAUGGUAGCUCGGCUGUGUCACCGUCGCCGCCUCGGCCAAGAACGCCGGACGGCCGGAUGUGCAGGACAAGAUCACCUUCUCCGGCCACGUUGGAGUCGCACGACGCUGGAGUGUAG